CUCGGGCUGCUUCAUUCCUUUUAAGGUGGUCUUUUCCUAAAUGUGUGAGAACGGCACAGAACAGGACGGCUUGGGAGCGCACCCCAGGAGGAAGCAACGUAGUGCACAGGGAACCGCUGGUUUGAGCCUGAUAGCUGCCUACACAGGAAGCAAAAUAUUUCACAAUAAGAGGGUUGCACACACGCGACCAGACAGGCACACACACAUACUGCUCCUCCCUCAGAGGGCUAACACUUCAAAGAGACAGACAGAGCUCUCAGAUGUGCAGGGGUCUUCUGAAGCUGCUGUGGCAUGCACUUUGACCUCAGGCUGUGAGGAAGAGGAGGCAUGAGGAAGAACUACAGCGCUAUUCCGCUCAUCUAUCUGACAGAGGCGGAGCGCACUUGCGAUGCCAACAUCCUCAGCGUCCCGGUGCCCCUUCGUCGCGGCGGCUCAGAGUCCAACCUGGUGGACAGUGUUGGGGAUGACGGAGUGGGCCUGGAUUUCACCAAGGGAGCGCUGGGCAUCGACAGCCUGCAGCAGAAGAUCCUAAAGGUGACGGAGCAGAUGAAGGUGGAGCAGACAGCUCGGGACCAGAACGUCGCAGAGUACCUGAAGCUGGUGAACAAUGCCGACAAGCAGCAGGUGGGACGAAUACGCCAGGUCUUUGAGAAGAAGAACCAGAAGUCGGCGCAAACCAUCGCCCGGCUGCAGAGGAAGCUGGAACAGUACCAUCGCCGUGUGAAGGACAGCGAGACCAACGGGAAGCACAGCCACAAGGAUGGCAGCAACAAGGAGUCCGGGACUCACAGUAAGGAGGGCAGCCUGCGGGACGUCAGCGCCACCGGACGGCACCCGGCUCUGGAUAAAGUGAAGACAAUCGGGCCUGGGGUGUCGCUCUCGCCGCCAUUCUUCUUCAACAAGUCACGGGAGUUCGCCAACCUCAUCAGGAACAAGUUUGGCAGCGCCGACAACAUCGCCCACCUCAAGAACCACAUGGAUUCGGGGUCGGGGCUGCAGGCGGACGGCGCGUCGAGGGGUCUGAGCGGGAGCGCCACCACAGUAGCCAAGGCGACCAAGUACCAGAGCGACGACGAGUGCUCCACGGGGACGUCUGCAUCCGCUGACUCAAACGGGAACCCGGCCGGGGGCUCCGGGGCGGGAUCUGGAGGUCCGGGGAGGUCAGACUCCAACGCGCGGCUGGGGGAGGUGCUGGACAUGGUGCGGGAGAUGAGGGAGGCUCAGGCACUGCUGGCAGACGACAUGGAGACUCUGAAUACACAGUUCAAACGGGAUUACAGCUACUUCACUCAGAUGAUGCAGGAGGAGAAAUACAGGUAUGAGCGGUUGGAGGACCAGUUAAAUGACCUGACGGAGCUCCACCAACAUGAGACCUGUAAUCUGAAGCAGGAACUGGCCAGUAUUGAGGAGAAGGUGGCCUACCAGGCCUACGAGAGGGCCAGGGACAUACAGGAGGUCCUGGAGUCGUGCCAGACUCGUGUGUCAAAGCUGGAGCUCCAGCAGCAGCAGCAACAGACGGUUCAGGUGGAAAACACCGACGCCAAGGUGCUGCUGGGAAAAUGCAUCAACAUCAUGCUGGCUAUCGUCACCGUGAUCUUGGUGUGCGUUUCCACGGCGGCCAAGUUCACGGCCCCGCUGCUGCGAAGCCGCCUCCACCUGGCGCUCACCUGCGUGGCCCUGUCCGUGUUAGCGCUGCUGUGGAAGAACUGGGAACAUUUACAGUGUGCUUUGGAACGAUUGCUUCUCCCGCACUGAUAAUAGGAAGCACAGAUGAGAGCAGAAAACUUCCAUCAGCCCUGGGGGCUCCGUGAUAGGGGGAGUUUACAUGUAGCCUUACACCAGCCCUAGUUCCCCAGUGAUGUUGUGCUCCCCGUGACAUGAUUAUAAAUGGCUCUGCGCUUUGCAUGUCUAAAUGGGGUCCACACAAAGCCUUUCCCACAAUGCACCUCCACUGUAAUUCCAACACACAGAUGUAAGCUCAUAUAAGUUAUAACUGUGACAAAGAUCUGCAACUGCUGUCUACAAGGCUGAAAGUGCAAACAUAUAAACUUUGCACAAUGUUGGCAUUAAAGUGCAUCACUACAGUCCAAAGUACCAUACCGCUAAAACAUGAAUCGGCUGGAAUUGAUCAGCCAUGGUAUUGGCUUUUUGAUUCCCCACCUGCUCUCAUGUGGUCAUCACAAGAUUCUGGAUUGCACCAACAGCAGACACUAAAAUCUAAAUAUAGAGGAUUUCAUUGGUGCAUGGAAAUACAGUGAUUAUUUCCUGUCCUUAUAGGGAAGAGUAUUUGUUAUAGCACCACCUUGCACCUCUAAACAAACACUCACUGGCUGUGUGUGGCCAGUCUUGACCCCGCACAGUACGCCUCCUCGUACACAGACACAUCUACCUGAAGGUUGAUUUGUACUGUGUACUAAACUGUUCUGUAAACUUUAGUUUUUCUUGUCAGUGUCUCAUUCAAAAGGAAAUUUUUAAGCCGUUGUUUUAAACUGUGGGUGUUUGUGUUUGUCUGAGUGUUCGUUCAUGUACUGCACGCCUGCUUAUGUGUGUCUGCAGUGUUUCACAUAUAUAUAUUUGCUUUAUUGGUGAGAACAUCAACAUCACUCAUGUCUAAAUAUGAAGCUAGAGCCGGAGGGUAAUUAGCUUAGCAUAAAUACUGAAAACAUAGGGCAAACCGCUAGCCUGGCUCUAUCUGAAGGUCAUAAAAUCCACCUCCCAGCACCUGUAAAGCUCACUAUGUAACAUAAUUAUACAAAAAUAGUGUAAGCAGAACAAUUUGUGCUAUUAUCGGGGUUAUGUGCAGGACUAUUUCUUGGAUAGAAGCAUUACAUUUCUGCCACCUGUUUUUACACAAUGGUAAAAUAACAUGUAAGUCAGUAAGCUUUAAAGGUGCUGGUAGGUGGAUUUUGUUACCUUUGGACGACUGUUUCCAGUCUUUGUGCUAAGCUAUGCCGACCAGCUGCUGGCUGUAGUUUCAUAUUUACUGUAUGGACAUGAGAGCGGUAUCAAUCUUCUCAGCUAACUCUCUGCAAGGAAGCUUAUAUGAAUAUUCCCCAUAAUGUCAAACUAUAGAUUUUAAACUGCAUCCCGUCUUGUUGAUUUGAUGCUCUGGGGUUUUCGUCAUGUAUAAUCUGUUUUAUGUUUUUCGGGUAACAGUGAGUUGACGACCAGCUUGCAUGUAAACUGUGAGGAAGGCCUAGACGAUUAGAAAAAAUCUCUAAAUGCGAUCACGUUUUACUUUAAUUGAAUGGCCUUUUUACGAGUUGAACAGAACAAAUUAACGUUUGUGUGAUACCUUUGCUGCAUUCAAGUCCUGUGGGGAAAACAACAGCAAUGUGCUGACAGUUCAAAGUCUUGACUUGAAAGGAUUCCUACCUGUUGAAAUUUGUUUUUAAGCCACAGAGAGACUGGGCGUGAUUGCUACUACAUUUCAAUUACCCAUAAUAAUUCCUUUCAGCCUUUUCACACAUGACUCUCUCGCACAGCUGGAAAAUGACUCACAGCUGGAAAAUGACUCACAGCUGGAAAUGAGAUGAAAACUGCAAUAGAAAGUCUUGCCCUGUCAUCAUAUUUUAAGACUUAUGAAUUGUAAUGACUUGGAGGAUGAAGGUUGUUUUACUUUAAAUAAGUAUGUCUGCUCUUGUACUAUAAUACUGAAAUGUUAAUAAAUCCCUAAGCAGCGUUUACCACUUGAAACUUCCAUAGUUAGUAAUAUCAACACCAUAACGACUGUUUUUCCCACAUGACUUGAAUGCAGCAUUACAGAUUAGAUGGAGGAAACUGAACAAUGUAGCUCCGUGCUCCCUAACCCUGUAUCACUGUGAUGAUGAGGGGGAUGAAAUGAGACUGAUGCCUUUUCAGUGCAGCUUAUUUUCUUCUUUGUAUUCUAGUUGCAUCCCUUCAGAAGCCAAAUGUGGGUAUUUUAAGGCACAUAAGCCUUUCUAAGUAACACUGAAAUGAGUAUUUAAAAAAAAUAUUUUCUGUUUUCUUACCAUCAGUCUUUGAUUUUUUUUUUUUUUUUUUGUUAGCUCAAAAACUAUUUGUCUGCUCUGCGGGAGAGACAUGAACCUCCUCUCCAAAGCGGUUUGUAAGUCCAUAGUGUAUAAUUUCACAUUUCUGUCUCUUCUAUGUGCAUUAGUUUCUGGUUGUGGGUUUCCAUCAUUUCAUUUUUUCUUUUUCAAAUGAGAAAAUAAAUCUUUGUUUUUCUAAGAU